AACAGUUACAAAAAGACAUUUUCUAUUUGGAGUGUGGCUGAUAUAUCUAAUGAUGUGUAUGUGAAAGCAACCAUAUUUUGAAUAAUCUAGUAAUUUUAUUACGUCUGUUUAUCCAGGGACGCAGUGUUACUCUAGCGCACCCUCUAGCGGCGGACACCGGGAACUGCCGGGAACCCAGUUACCAUAGAAACCACCAUACAAAUCACACAGCCGUAGCCGUAUAUGUACAUUUAAACUUUCAUAGCCUAAUUAUACGCUAAAGUUGGUCAAAAAUAAAGUCAGUAUGGCUCAUAAGAACACUUUUCGAUCAAAGGUAAAACUAGGAUACUGGAAAGAUCAACAACUCAGAGAAGAGGAUGCAAAAAAAGAAUAUCUGAGGAAAAAGGAAAGGGGUGAGCUUCCUGUACAGAAAGUAGAUUUCCUCAAACAGAACAUGCUGCAACCGGUGGAUCUCUCUGUGACUAAUGAUGGAUGGUUGCACUUUGGAGAUGUUGUGAUGUUGCUGAACUUGGGAGGAGAGAACAGGGAGAUCAGCGCCGUCAGUCUUGAUGCUGACAUUAACAGUUUGACUCAUAUUCCAUCACCUGGCAUUCAAGCUUCAUAUGGAAUCACCGCAGGAAAAUGUAUUCAACCCUGCACACGUACCGCUUUCAUUAUCACCAGUGUUGAUGGCAGUCCAGAAGGAUCGUUGCUGCGUUUUGAGCAAAGUUUUGCACUGAAAACAACAAGUGACUUUGUCAAAGGACUUUACUUGACCAGUGACCUGCAAAGUCCCAUAACGAAAUCUCACCCCCGAGAACUGUAUCUGGAUGACAGCAUUCACUUCCUGUCAUGGUGGAAGGUCAUGCACUUUGACCCCGAGGAGAGACUUGAGCAUGAGGGUCUCCCAGUUCCUGCUAAUGUGAAGGUAGUGAUAGUACACCACAAGACAAACCGAGCUCUUGCAGUUCUGGGGGAUAAAUCUAUCUGGACAGUGUAUGGCAAAGAAUAUGCCGUGACAUUGCACACAUUCUUGGACUCCUACAAAGCUGAACGGGACAACAAUCACUGGCUACUGUGUACCCGUGACCCUGCAGGGGAUGGAAUUGAGCUUUUCAACCGCCCACAAUCAGAAGCUCAGAACAAGGAGCUUCCAUAGGCCACCCAGGAGCCCCCUCUUCUGAUUUCUAACCUGUGCAAACAGUGCAAUACAUGUACUUUUAAUAAUAAA